UGACCCGAAUAGCAAUCGCACAAAAGAAAAUCCAAUAAAAUGUUAAAAUCCCACAAAAUACAAACGUAAACAGUAAUACACAUAGUUUAGUGAAUUGUGAAAGUGUUAAUACAAAAAAUAAAACGCAAUACUUUGAAAAUUUUCAAAAAUGAAGGAUUAAAUGAAGCCCUGAAAAUGGCUGCUGUAAAGCCUCUAGGCAAAUUAUUACAAUAAUGUAAUAUUUAAAAAAACAUAGUAUAGUGUAAAGAAGUCUUCCAAAUUAGUGUAAAAUUUAAUAUAAUUAGAAAUAGUUAUAUAUAUGUAAAUUAUAUAGAGUUACAAAAAAUCGAUGUCUUCCCGUAAACGUCAAUUUUGAAGUGAUAAGUUACAAUUAUUAAUAUAUUAUAUUCAUAUAAUUACUAUUAUUGAAAACAAAUUUUAAUAUAUCGACAAUAAUAUAAAGAAAAAGGAAUAUAUAUAUAUAAAUCGCGAUCAAGGUCGUUUUAAAUUUAUUGAAAAAAUUUUGGAAAUAUCAGCAAAAUGAUAAACUUGGGUCGAUUCAAAUUACCACCGCUAAAGAAUGCUCUGGACGUGGCAAUGCAGACCGUCAGGCAGCAGAUGCCUGACAAACCGGGCCCACCGCCCCGACCACCACAAAAUGUUAGAUUUGCCAAUCUAGACAUGGGUGAGAGCUGUGAGCUGUCCACUAUGAACGAAACCACAUCGCCGACGUAUCAAUCCACCAACCCAACAAACCCGUUCCUGAGCGGCAACCUGCAGGCUGAGGACACAUUUACCAGUUACCAAAAUACGUACCCCCAACAAGAUGGCCAAGCACCAAGAACUCAAAGCAUGCAAAGUGUUGAUUUCUAUGCAUCUUCAGAGGAAGGCGGUUUCGAAGAAGGUGGUGGUAAGCCUGGUGCCAAAAUUAAUGAAUUCCAAGCCGCUUGGAACGUUACUAACGCUAUCCAGGGCAUGUUCGUAGUUUCGCUCCCGUUUGCUGUACUACAAGGCGGUUAUUGGGCCAUCGCUGCAAUGAUAGGCAUCGCGCACAUCUGCUGUUACACUGGUAAAAUUCUCGUUGAAUGCCUCUACGAAGAUGACCCUGUAUCUGGCCAGCGAGUAAGAGUUCGUGACUCUUAUGUCAGCAUUGCUAAAGAAUGCUUCGGCAGAAAAUACGGUGCUAGAAUAGUCAAUAUCGCCCAAAUCAUUGAAUUGCUAAUGACCUGUAUCCUUUACGUAGUGGUCUGCGGUGAUUUAAUGAUAGGCACAUUCCCUGAUGGCUCUAUUGAUACUCGAUCUUGGAUGAUGCUGACGGGAAUAUUUCUCUUACCUCUAGCCUUCUUGAAGUCACUCAAAAGCGUCAGUAUGCUAUCUUUUUGGUGUACCAUGAGCCAUUUAAUCAUAAACGCAAUUGUUCUCGGUUAUUGCAUUCUUUAUAUUGGAGAUUGGGGAUGGUCUAAAGUCAAGUGGAGUUUGGAUUUCGAAAAUUUUCCAAUUAGCUUAGGAGUUAUCGUGUUCUCAUACACUUCUCAGAUUUUUCUACCGACAUUGGAAGGUAAUAUGGAAGAUAGAUCCCGAUUUGAAUGGAUGUUGAACUGGUCCCAUAUUGCAGCUGCCGCUUUCAAAUCUAUAUUUGGAUAUUUAUGCUUCCUCACCUUUCAAAACGAUACUCAACAAGUUAUCACGAAUAACCUCCGUUCUGCAGGAUUUAAAGGGCUUGUUAAUUUCUUUUUGGUCAUCAAAGCUGUGUUAAGCUACCCAUUGCCGUAUUACGCAGCUUGUGACUUGUUAGAACGUGCCCUCUUCAGAGGUAAACCGAAAACAUUCUUCCCUGUAAUUUAUGCUUUGGAUGGCGAACUGAAAGUUUGGGGUCUUGCUUGGAGAUUAGGUGUGAUAAUGUUCACUAUAUUGAUGGCUAUAUUCAUACCACAUUUUGCUAUCUUAAUGGGUUUCAUCGGCAGUUUUACUGGCACAAUGUUGAGUUUUAUCUGGCCUGCAUACUUUCAUCUUAAAUUGAAAGGCAAUCAGUUAGAGAGUACCACUAUUGCUUACGAUUACUUCAUUAUAGGCCUAGGUGUUCUGUUUGGUGUUAUAGGCAUGUAUGACUCUGGUUCAGCUCUCAUAAAAGCUUUCAAAAUAGGCUUACCUUUCUAAUUUACUGCUGUAGUUUUAGACAAUUGUUGAACUAUUUUUAGAUAUAUGCAAACUUACGUGUUUGAGUUGAUUUCAAAAGGAAAUGUUCUAACUUAGUGCAACAAAACCUUUUUUGACGUUAUUACAAUUAAAAUGUUAGAGAU